AUCUUGCCAUUCACCAAUUCAUCAUUUCAUCUCAAACCGUCGUCGCCGAGCACCUCCAGAAUUCUUACUCGCAUACCAUACGGGACCAAUAAUACCUUGCCGCGCCUUUUCGCCAGCAAACUUCAGAGUACCAAAUAGUGCAUGGAGAACGUUCCUCAUUCAGGACGAGCGGUGCAGGUGUCGAAAGAGGCGGCGGUACACAUCAUCAGAAACUCAUCACAUUCACCUCGAUGAGUAGGUCGCAGGAUACCGUCAUCGAUGAUGACGAGGAGACAUGCCCGCUAUGUAUUGAAGAGUUUGAUCUCUCCGACAAGAAUUUCAGACCAUGUCCUUGCGGCUAUCAGAUCUGCCAAUUCUGCUUCAACAGUCUCAAGACCACCUACGAAAAGAGUACCUGUCCGAAUUGCCGGCGGCCUUACGAUGAAAAGACAAUCCAGUACAAGAUCCCGACAGCGGAGGAGUUCAAGCUCGAUCAACUGAACAAGAACAAGAAGCAGGCUGCCGCCAGACGAAAAGAAACCGAAAAGCGCGAGGUCGAAACCUCAUCGCGACGAAACUUGGCUGGCGUCCGUGUCAAACAGCAGAAUCUUGUCUAUGUCAUUGGCCUGAUACCGCAGGUCAAAGAUGAGCAGGCGCUUCUACAGACCCUUCGCGGCCCAGAUUACUUCGGUCAAUACGGCGACAUCGAGAAAAUUGUUGUCAGUAAGCCCAAGCCAGGAACGACAAGCCAAGGGAUCGGUGUGUACGUGACAUAUGCUCGCAAAGAGGAUGCUGCAUUAUGCAUAAACACAGUUGACGGCUCCCUUAACGGUGACCGCGUCUUACGAGCUCAAUUUGGCACCACGAAAUAUUGUUCCGCUUAUCUUCGUGGUGAAGUUUGCACCAAUAAAAGCUGCAGCUUCCUUCACGAGACUGGUGAAGAGGGUCGGGACACCUCUUUGCAGAAUGAGCCGCAUAGCACGAAACCUAAGCCAGCCACAGGCCAGAUUGCGCCUCCUGUCCGACCUUUGUCUGCCACUCAAACCACCCAACCCAUGGCUCGGCAGGGCAGCAAAGAGGAAGACAUCAGCAGAAAGAACAGUCACGAUGCUUCGGCACUACCAUCUACAGCAAGUUGGGCGAAUGCCAAUGCUCCCGUCGCCCGGACCCGGCGUGCUAGUCAAGCCAACAGCAGAGGCACUCCCAGCCCUCAGAUGACGCAAGUUCCUUUAGCUGCUCCAAAACCAGAGGACCCUAAAUCUAAGGAAGCUGCGAGUCAACCAUCUUCAACCUCAACUUCCAAAAAGCAGACCUCACAAUCUGAACCCACGAUCCCCAAACCCCGGUCCAAACCAGUGGACCAUGUACAACAGCAAUUUGACGCAGUUCUACGAAGCGUGUCACCACACUUUCGCUUUGUCUAUGAUGACUCAUGUCUCAGCCCCGAGGUUCGAGCUACGAUUGAUGAUAUGCCACCUCUGAUCGAUCCUUAUGGCGGCGCCAAACGCCGGGCUAUGCGCGAGAGAGAGGAAACGGAACGCGCCAAGCUCGAAGCAGAAGCAAAGGCCAAACUGGAAGCUCAGGCAACUUUGACGGCAGAGGAUGCCCUCGAGGAAGACAACAUUGUCGCCGGAAGUCUCGCAUUGGGUGGAGAGCCAGAGGACGACCCCAGAACUUCUUCUGCUCGUGGAGCGAUUGGUCGUCCAUCACAAGGCAUGUCCGAAACGGCUCGCAGUCUGACCCCUCAACAACGACAACAGCUUGCAUUUCUCAAUACUGGAGGCAGCCAAGCACCAGGCCUCGGUCAGAACACUGCCUUCGAAAUGUCCGAUUUUGAUCGACAAGGCCCACAAUACAGUCAAGCUCAAUUCGAACAGAUCAGCGCGCACCAACGCCACGGUUCAAGAUACUUUAAUAACGACGGCAAGGCCAACAAUGCCAACAAUGCCAACCGCUUCCAAGGAAGCCAGUCCACCUUCUAUUCCAGCGGUGUACAAGGCCCCCCUCCCGGCUUACCAACUGCUGGGACGCCCCCUGUCAGUGGCGGCGGCAUGUUUGCUCAUGGUCAAAAUUUCACCAAUCCUGGCUUUGGCUCGUCGAAAGACGCGAAUGCUGAGAUCUUUUCGAGAAAUCGAAGUGGGACCAAUCAAGGUCAUGACAUGUCUAAGCGUGAGUUGCUCCUUUCCUUGCAAAACAACCCCCUUCGUUCACCUCCAUUGUCGGCCCCUGCCCCUGGCGUCCUCAAUCCGCUCUAUAGCCAAUAUCAAGGAGCGUAUCAAGACCCUGGACUUGUCAAGCAAAGAAAGAAGGGGAAGAAGCACAGACAUGCUAACACUUCCUCUUCAGGAGGUGGUGUAGAGCAUCUUGCGGACCCGAGCAUCGUUUCAACAAGAGUUCACCAGGGCAACACCACAGGGCAGGGGCUUUUUGGAGGUCAACAAGUGGACGAAACGAACUUCCCACCGUUGCCUGUUCGCUCGGAGAUCCAGCUUACGCCUUUGCACUCACGAGUGUCGUCUCACCAUAGCUUUGGGUCGGGUAUCCGAUCGUCAACCCCGAAAAUUCCUCCCGGCUUCGAACGAACCUCCACUCCCAAGAUCCCUCCGGGUUUCGAGCUCCUUCAUGGCCAUCCGCCACCCUCUCGGCAUGACACACCCGGUGUGCAGACACCGGCCCUUAGGAAUACGUCGACAACUUCGAUUGCUAUGGCACCUGCUGUGCCGUUAUUGCCCCUCGGUCCUCGCUCAAGUACGCCAAAAACAAAGGCCUCGAAAACGCCGAAGGAAGACAGCGAGCCCCUGAACGACAACGACAGCGCCGCUCUUCAGAUUCGGAAGACGAGAACUGAUGCGAGUGAAUUUAGCUUGGGCUCACCAAAGCUACGUUCUUCGCGAUCGAAGAAUGAUAUUGACAAACCGCGUGGCAUGUCUGAAAAGGCUGAAGAGAACUCGGCAAAGACGGAUAACCCGCCUUCCACCAUUGUCGACACAAAAGCCAAAACUAAAGCAGCGGAGCAGAGACCUGGAAAGAUCGCGAUUCCUCCCAUCCCGACCGCUGUCUCGGCAGUCUUCCCGUUAGAGAAGUCGGGGACGCCGAUACUGGACUCAAGUAUUGUGGGAACUCCCGGGACGAUGAGCUCCCGACCAGCGACACCGGCCGCGACCACUCCUUCGGAGCCAUCUAAAGCAUCUAUGCCCAAACCAAGAACCUUACGUUUGACAACAGUCACGACUACGAAAGUGGCGGAAUCGACCCCAGCAUCAGCGACUCCCGAGAAGUCGAGCGCAUUUCCGCCUCUUUCUUCUGCAAAGAAGGGAUCAAGGAGGCCAUCGUUGUCUUCCGCCCAGCACAGCAGACCGUCUACACCGGCAAUAUCAGAGCUACCAUCCCAAGAUGUUUCUCGAGCGAGUAGUCCUCCUCCAAGUAUCGUCGGUUCGGCUCCCGACCGCAUCAAGAGCAAAGCUCAGCAGAAGAAGGAGCGGAAGGACAAGGCGAAAAAGGUGUCGGAAAUCGGUGAACCUGCCGGCACUUCCACGACACCUGUUAUUGAAGAGGUCGCUCCGGUCAUUGCCAGACAGAAAAAGCAGAAAAAGAAAGUCGAUACCAGUACGGCGCAGAGUGCAGACGAGACGGCAAGUCCAAGACCACAGGAGCACGCUGAAGAUCAAAGAGCCGAGAGCGCCGCCAGAAAGGCAUCGACCAAGGCACUGGAGAAGGAUCAGGGCAGUAGGCCCCCACGGCCAGAGCAAUCUGCAAGUUCACCACCUGCAACACCCAAAGAAGAGGCGCCACCAAAGGCUGAAGAACGAGUCAAAGCACCCUACACACUUCGUGAUCUCUACAACGAAGCUGGAAACGCCAUGGAACAUGCCGACACAACGAGUGCCAUACAAAAACUACUAAGCGAACACGUCUCAUCGAUGCCUAAAAUCAUUUCUUCCUUGAUCCAGUCGGGUGACCUGUCCAAAGAUCACCCGUGGCUUAAUCCACCCAACUUUUCCUCAGCCGCGUACAAGCUCGCACCCGAUUCCAGGCGUGGCCAAGAGUAUCUGGAUGGAAACGGGUACAGCGCCACCGACGCCUUCGGAUACGUCUACCUACCGCUCAAGGAGAAGCAGGCUCUUCGGGAUGGCCAGGCAGUUAGUAUCGCUGAUGGAGGUGAAUGCAAGGAUGAGCUGCUCAGACGGUGUCUCGUGACGCCUAAUGGAUGGGUACUGCGUCAUCUGAGCGCGGACGAGGUUGAGAAAGUGCUCGAUCUCGAGGAGCGACGACAGAUGUAUAUGGAAGAAUUCGGCGAAGUGGGCACGAUGGACGGCCUCGGCGUGCUCGAGGCGGACGACUACACGAACCUCGGUGGGGGGAUGGACAGACUCAGCAGGCAUGGUGAAAGGCACGGCGUAAUCUGGGUCACGGGCGAUGACGGUGAUAUGGGCGAGGACGAUGAAUUCGAUAUGUAUGAUGGCGAUGACGGCGAACUCGACGGCGAAAUCGGCUUUAGUGAUGACGAUGAAGGGGAGUUCGACGAAGAUGUGCUGGACGCUGAGGCCGAGGAAGGGUUCCACGAUGCGGUGAACAUGCCGGGUGCAUGGGAUAAUCCGCCUCGCUCGGCGAGUGGGAGAGUCACGUCCUUGCCGGGGCUGGGGCCGCAUUCGAAGACGACCACGCCUUUGAGGAUGCCUGGACAGGUGGGUGCUCCGACAUCUACGGGGCAGCAGCAACCGAAGGAAAACGUGGACCGCAGUGUCGAUGCCAAUGUGAACGUGAACGUGAACCUGCGCGCAUUGGAAUCGGAUGUCUUGCAGAAACGCGUGGUGGAGAAGCAGAAGGAGCUUGAACAGGCGCGAAAAGAGAUGGAAAAGAUUGAGAAGCUCUGGACCAAAAAGACCAAGGAUAUCGGUCGGUGGAGGGAGGGGUUGGUGAAAGGUUAGACUCUCAGCCUGGUUUGGUUGAAGUCUGUCUCAAGUGAAGUCUGAACUUGGCUUGAAGUCUGGGGCUGAGUUCUUGCAUGAACGUGAGACCACCAAAGGGGUAAGCCUUAUUGUCAUUGUUAUUGUGAGGACGAGACCUGCUGGAUGUGGGUGGACAUGGUCGGAGUAUUCGUUGGCAUAAGGCUCGGUGUAUUGGGUUGAUCAUUGAUUGGUUCUGUCUGGAAUGGAAUGGGAAGCGGCUCACUGUCCUACGAAGGCAUUCAAUUGGGCUUUUGUGUAUGAUAUCGAGCAUGAAAUUGUUGCCAAUGGCCGAGUCGAAUAGUAGUAUAAUACAGUAUCAGGCAGGCGUCGCAUUGCAUUGCAUUGGCAUGGC